AUGCGUGUCACUUACGCCGUUUCUACGUUCAUUACCAUAUUGGGCUUGACCCAUGCCGCCCCGGCUGACGAGGAGGCACGAUUGCACGCCGAGCACAAACGCCAGCUCGGCACCAGCGCAGGCAGUCUUGGAAAGGAUGCGACUUUCGACUAUGUCAUCGUCGGCGGUGGCACUGCCGGUCUUGUGAUGGCCAACAGACUGAGCGCCAACCCGGAUGUUACCGUAGCUGUGAUUGAGGCCGGCACGUUCUACGAGAUCACCAACCUUCUCAUCGGCCAGACACCCGCCGGCGAUACUCUUUUCGCUGGCGCUAGUCCUCUUGACACGAACCCUCUCGUGGACUGGAACUUCAUCACGCAGCCACAAACCGGUGCCAACAACCGCAAGAUUCACUAUGCUCGUGGCAAGUGUCUCGGUGGAAGUUCCGCUCGCAACUUCAUGAUCUACCAGCGCGGUACCAAGCAGUCCUACCAGAAGUGGGCAGAUGCCAUCGGCGAUGAUAGCUACACCUGGGACUCCCUUCUUCCGUACUUCAAGAAGAGUGUCAAGUUUACCCCGCCCGGCCCUACUCGCUUCCCCAACGCCAGCGCAGAGUACAACCUUGACGCUUUCGAUGCUGCCGGAGGCCCUCUUGACGUCUCCUACGCCAACUACGCUCAACCUUUCAGCACGUACCUCGAGCCCUCCCUCAAUGAGAUCGGCAUUCCCCAGGCCCAGGACUUCAACAGUGGUGAGCUUAUGGGUGCGCAGUACUGCUCCGAUACUAUCCAGCCUAGCAAGCAGCAGCGCGAGUCCAGUCAGACCUCGUUCCUCAACGAAGCCAUUGGCCGCAAGAACCUCAAGGUUUACCAGCUGUCUCUGGCCAAGAAGAUUCUCUUUGACAGCAACAAGAAGGCGACUGGUGUUGUUCUUACUUCCAAUGCUGGCAUCACCACCUACACCCUCAAGGCCAACAAGGAGGUCAUCCUGUCCGCCGGUGCCUUCCAGAGCCCCCAGCUUCUCAUGGUCUCCGGUGUUGGCCCUAAGGACCAGCUCAACAAGUUCAAGAUCCCCAUCGUCGCUGAGCGCCCUGGUGUCGGCCAAAACAUGGAGGACCACGUCUUUUUCGGUCCCACGUGGCGCGUCAAGGUCCAGACUCUGACCCGUCUGGCCAACGACCUCAUCUACACUGCUGCCCAGUUCGCCUUCGACUACUCCAUCCGCAAGAUCGGCCCCCUCACCAACCCCGUCUGUGACUUCCUCGGCUGGGAGAAGACCCCUCGCGACCUCAUCUCCUCUGAUACUGCUGCCAUCCUCGACAGCAACUUCCCUGCUGACUGGCCCGAGAUCGAGUAUCUCACCGCCCCUGGCUACGUCGGUGACUUCUCCAACCUUCUCCUCACCCAGCCCAAGGACGGCUAUCAGUACGCCACCAUUCUCGGAGGUCUCGUUGCUCCCAUGUCCAAGGGCACCGUCACCCUCGCCUCCGCCGAUACCAAGGACCUGCCUCUCAUCGACCCCAAGUGGCUCACCGACCCAACUGACGUUGCUGUCGCCGUUGCCACCUUCAAGCGCCUCCGUCAGGCCUUUGCUAGCAAUGCCAUGAAGCCCGUCUUGGCCGACAACAAGGAGUACUUCCCCGGUCCCAAGGUCGAGACUGAUGCCCAGAUCCUCCAGAACAUUCGCAACACUGUCAUGACCAUUUGGCACGCCAGCUGCACGUGCCGUAUGGGCAAGUCUGACGACCCCAUGGCUGUCGUCGACAAGGAUGCCAAGGUCAUCGGUGUCAGUGGCCUGAGAGUUGUCGAUGCUAGCAGCUUUGCGCUUUUGCCCCCUGGCCACCCCCAGAGCACUGUUUAUGUCUUGGCCGAGAAGAUCUCUGCCCAGAUUUUGACCGGUUACUAA